CGGGGCACUUUUGGUAUUUCAGGGGCCGGUGACCUUGGAGGAGGCGGCUGCGUACUUCGCCAUGGAUCAGUGGGCUGCUGGGGACCCCGGGAAGGCUCUGUACAAGGACGAUGCGCAGGAGAAUUAUGACACCCUGGUGACUCUGAAACGAGGAGGAGGAGGAGGAUGGCUGUGGGUCUGCAAAGGACAGGUGUCCCUCGCAGACAUCUGGGUGGGAGACACAGCACAAGGAGAAGCUCCCACAGGAAAAGCAGAGACAAGAGGGAUGUCCAAGCAACCGUGAGGGUGAUGGUACAGCGAGUGAGAAUGAGGAGGAGGCCCCUGAGCAGGAAGGUCCUGAAAUCGUUGAGAUGGACACGGCGCUGAUCAGCAGGCCUGAGGAGACCAUUCCUCAGAGCCCUAACACCCAGGGCCCAACCUGUGAGAGCCUGCGUUGGACAGUGGUCCAGCAGAUCGACUCCCCAGGAAAGCCACGGCGGGGGGGCAAGGCCGCACCCUCCGGUGCUGCCUUCCCAAACUUCAAGAGCAUCAUUGUGCUGCAGAAGAGCUAUGAGUGCGGCGAGUGUGGAAAGACCUUCAGCUGUAGCUCGCACUUCAGCAAGCACCGCCGCACCCACACGGGUGAGAAGCCCUACCUGUGCCUACACUGUGGCAAGAGUUUCAAUGUCAGCUCCAACCUCUACCGCCACCAGCGUGCCCAUGCGGCUGAGCGGGCCUGCCCACGGCCCGAGGGCCUGCCCGCCACCUCUGCUGCUCCUCCACCACGCCCCCGUGGCCUGCCCUACAAGUGCGAGGAGUGCGGCAAGAGUUUCCGGCGAAACACGGAGCUGGUGACCCACCAGCGGCUGCAUACGGGGCAGCUGCCUUUCCAGUGCUCCCAUUGUGGCAAGAGCUUCUCCUGGAGUUCCCACUUUGACCGGCACCAGCGCAUCCACACGGGGGAGAAGCCCUACCAGUGUCCUGAGUGUGGGAAGCGCUUCAGCCGCAGCUCCCACCUGUACCGGCACCAACGCACGCAUGCCGGGGGCCGCUCUUACAUCUGCACGUACUGCGGGCGCAGCUUCAACAGCACCCUGCACUUCGAUCGGCAUCAGCGUACCCACACCGGCCAGCGCCCCUACAAGUGCACCCUGUGUGGCAAGGGCUUUAGUGAUGGGCCCGCCUUGGUGAAGCACCAGCGCCUGCACCUGGGCGAUGGGCCCUUCCACUGUGAGGAGUGUGGGAAGAGCUUCGGGGCGCGGGCCCAGUAUGCUCGGCACCGGCGCAACCUGCAUGGCGGGGGUGGGGGUGAGAAGCCCUACCGCUGUGGCGACUGCGGGAAGAGCUUCUCCUGGAGCUCCCACUGGGAGCGGCACCAACGCAUUCACACUGGGGAGCGCCCUUACCAGUGUGGCGACUGCGGCAAGCGCUUCGGGCGCACCUCCCACCUGUACCGGCACCAGCGCACCCAUGCUGGGGGCCAGCCCCAUGUCUGUGCUGACUGCGGCAAGAGCUUCAACAGCACCCUGCACUUCCACAAGCACCGGCGUGCUCACCUGGGCGAGGCACCCUGUCACACCUGCCCCGACUGCGGCAAGGCCUUUGCUGAUGGCUCAGCCCUGGCCAAGCACCGGCGCACACACACUGGCGAGCGCCCCUUCCCCUGUCCCCAGUGUGGUCGGCGCUUCAGUGUCAGCUCCCACCUCUACCGGCACCUACGCAGCCACACGGAAGAGAAGCCCCUUGAGGAGCUGCAGGAGGUGCUGCAGGAGGAGCUCACACCAUACUAGGCUCAGGACCCUGGCUCAGGAUGGAGGCCCCUCCACAUGCCAGCAGGGGCAUUAGUGGGGACACAACAGCCCUAAGCCAAGUGUUGACCCUCUGUGGGGUGCAGAGGCAUCCCAAAGAAAACCAAGCAGUCCUGCUGCCAUCUGGCAGGGGCCCUGAUGCUACCAGGAUGGGCAUGGGGUAUGAGCUCAAGCCAAAGCCCACAAUGGUCUUGAUGGACUUCAAUUCAGGCCCCGAGAACGUAGAUAGACAUGGUAGAUUAGGUAGGUAGCUUAGAUAGAUGGGAGGUAGAGCAGGCUGGAGCUGGUGCCAGGGGACUGGGUAUGGAGGACUUCAGAGAGGGAAAACACUAUUUGGCAUUGGAGCCCAGAGCCUGCUUCCUUUCUUGCUCUCCCUGGAGUCACUGGGGCGGGUUCCCUUUACAGCUCACCCAGAUGCAAAUCAGGAGUGACCACAAGGGAGCCAAUGCCCCCCUCCCUUAGCUUGGAGUGAAUCGGGAGCAAGCCUAAAGGAGUCACUGGGCAUGGUUCACCCCUCACCAAGUGUAAAUCAGAAAGAAACUAACUGCAGUCCCUGGGACUGAUUGCCGUCUUACACAUUGUUGUGUAGGCCAGGAGGGACCCCACUGGAGUCCAUGCAGUUACAACAGGCAGGAGACCAGGCUCCAGAUGUCUAGUGAGAGGGUGCUGCUGAUAAACAAGCCUCACCUGUGCAAUCCUGCUCUGGACUAGAAACACAUGGUUGCUGUGAGUGCAGGAUGAGUGUGCCCAGCACUGCUUUCUGGAGUAAGUUUGAGACUGAGACCCUGAGAGCAUUCCUGGGCAUGCGCCCAACAGUGAUUACAAGAUCUUUUCCAGGAAGAGGCAUGCAUGGAGCAGGAGAAUGUAGGAGGGAAUUGUUCCUUUUCUGCAGGUUCAGGAUCACCUCAGAAGGAGUCGUAAAAGCAAGGGUGGGAGGCAGCUGGCUGCCAGGAGUGAAGAGUUGAAGUCACUGGGGAUCAGGUUAGUGGGAAGAGGACCUCGGGGAUGGCACUGGAAAGUAUAUGGGACCCCAGGACAGAGGCACAGAGGGCUUGGGGGAGUUAGGACAGCUGUGGGAAUGAGCGAGUGGGUGUGUGGGUGAUAGAGAAUGAGCAUGGUUAUGGAGUAGGCAACUAAGGAAGGAGCCAGUUCUGCUGGGGUUUAUGGUAUGAGAAAGGGAGAUGGGACUGUUGCCUGUCCCUUUAUUUCUCUGUGCCCUGUUUCCUGUUUGCACUGGAGUUUGAGAGUGGGAAUAAAGGAAAAUUACCUUGCAUAAGAAAAUAUAGGACCCCUCUCAAAGCCACCUGGGAGUGGGAUGUGUGAGAAGGAGCUGAGAAUUUGGGUAGGUAACACUCAAAAUUCGAGUAGGAGUAGGUGGAGAGCAGGUCUUGUAGUGAAAAAAAUCAGUGUGGUUGAUUUGUAUAGCUCGUAGCCCCAGGAAAUUAUUGUGACAAACAACUCAGCAAAAACCUCUCCCAGCUUGAUAUUGCAAGCUGGGGCCUGCUGGAGGAGGGCACUGGUAUCUAUACUAAGUGAGUUUUGGGGUGUAUGAAAAGCUGUAGAAAGAGAGGCUUGAGACCAUCUUGUUCUGACCCUAAUUCAGGGCACACUGGGUGAGCUCCCUGCAUUCUUUUGUUCUGGGGGGAAGAGGAGGGGUGAGGUUGUUCAGCAUAGGAAGCUAGUAACUCCUGAAAUAAGCUAUCUGAUCUGAGAAGGGGGAAAGUCUUAACUUCAGGAACUGUACCCAACUUGGGGUCAUUAACAGCUACUUCUUGGAAGAAUCUGGGAGGGAUUUUGCAGAAAUACACUAAGAGGAACAAGGAUUUCUUAGGCUGAUACCUAUUAUCAGACCAACCGUGUUGUUGGGAUAGAGUUAGACAAGUAUUUGAAUGCAAGACAUUCUUCAUCAUCAUCAGUGACCCACCUAAGAAAUCUUUUUCACACAAAUUUCUGGACCAUCAUGGCUACAACAUCACUCAUAUGCUACUGAAAUAUAUUGUUAGAGGCCUGGGGACAAAUUCUUUGUUGUGUAAAUUCACUGCAGUGGACCUCACCCAUUUGUCCUCAGUGACAAUUUAACCCCCUCUCUACACUAGGUUUAUGCCUUGCCAAUCCAUGCACAUUGUACUGGUUUAACUUUGCAGGUGUAGUGAGUACUAGGGCUGUGUGAAGCUUCGGUCCCUGAUUCAGUUCAGCAGAGAUUCGUCCCGAUUCGGUGGCCGAAACAUCUCCAAAUCUGAAUCGAAUGAGAAGACUCUUUAAUCUCUCUGAAUCGAGU